UUUGCUGAACAAUUUAUUAAAUUUUUAGCAUUUGGCGGAGGUGGUUUGGCAAAUAGUUUGCUUUCCUUAAUUAGAUUAUUAAUGCAAUACAAAUUUUAUAAGUUUUUUUGUCCAGUGCACGCUCAUUUGUCGACGUUUAUCUGGACAUAAGAGUGCUAUUUACGGACAAAGAUAAAUACUUAACAUUUUUCCAUUGGCUGGCUGUUAUUAAAUAGCGCUAGACAAAUUGCAAAUUGUUAAAACAAUCGUAUAAAAUGUAUCUACAAACUUUAUUCAAUGUAUACGUAGUUAGUUGUAGUUUACGUAUGUAUGUAUAGCAAAUUAUUCACUGUCCAAUGCACGCUCAUUGGCCGUCAUUAACCUGGGCUUUUCGAGUGCUAUUUGCGGACAAAUAGAAAUUUUUAACAAAAUACCAUUGGAUAGCUCGUUUUGAUGGCGCUUUCCAUUAUUCAAUUGUUAAAACAGUUUAAAAAUAUUAGGAGAAAAACAUAUGAGUAUUUUGUGCAGUUUGAGGUAAUAAGUAAUUUAUUAUAAGGCUUGCUGAGCAUUAUAUACAAAGUACCAUAUUAAAGAUGAGUACUACUUGAAGUACCACGUUGCCAAAUAGCCAGAUGUUAAUUGCCACACCACGUGCUAAUAAAUAACCUAUGAAUUGAUUUACAUGCAUGUGUACAUAAAUGUAUGUGUCACCGUACACGAUACAUAUAGCUUCAUACAUAUUAUACUCCUGAGUACAAAUAAUUCAGCCCAGCAGUGCAUUUUCUUUUGGCGCUUACUGUAUUUACUGAUAUACAAACAUAUGUACAUGCAUAUGUGUACAUGUAUGUACAUGCAUACAUAUGUACAUAGGUACUCACUUUGUAAUCACGACUUUUGUUAAAGCAGUGGCCAUUCAAAACUUCAGUGUAAAAUGCUCUUCGUAGAAUGUUAAUUGUUCGUUACAGUGGAAUCAUAAAAUAAACCAUAAAAUGGCCCACGCACAGCAACAUCCGCAGGUAGAAUUGCUAUUGGUAGCCAUAACACGAAGCAUCACCCACAUUUUCAAUGGGAUCACGAACUAGGCAAUCAGUUAAAGAGAAAUAAAAUAAAAGUCAGGUAGGUAAGAUGUCAAACAUUUUCAAAUGCAUGUUACAUAUUUGUUUUGAACACACAUUUGUACAUGAAUGCCCGUCACAUCUUAUAAUUUGUGCAUUUGUGCAGCAUGUUGCAAGCAAGACAACCUUCCUUUCGAAAUAGUUCAGUUGAUCGCGCUCGCUGGUAGCAAGUAGACGAAUAAAUUUUAAAUUGCAUGCAGGCGGGAAAUUGUAAGAAAACGAACAUGGAUUUCAGAAUACUUUGCCUGUUCAUCAUCAUCAAGUGGUCCUUGGCACGGCAGACUUUAUCGCCUACAGCGACGCGACAACAAACACUUUAUUUCCAUUCACUCCAAUACUAUCCCAAAUAUCAGAUCAUAAAUGCGCUACCAGCAAAUAAGGAAGAGAGCACAAGCACAGAAAUACCAACCAGCACAAAAGCACCAACGACAAGCACUACGACUGAAGCCAAUUUCAAACAGGCGGCCAAUACGAUUGAGAAUACCAAUAUCGACACUAACAUUUCCACUACAGUGAAUUUGACAACCAAUUCGCUUGAAGCGUCAACAGACAACACAAUUUAUACGGCUGCCGAGUUUCCGCAUGAUCUGCUCGAGAUAGCGCGGUCAAAGCUCGGUCUGAGAAGUCUCGAUGAAGUGCCUAGCAUAAGUGAGCUGGCUGAAUUUCUCGGCACUUCUAAUGCAGAAGAAACCAUUAAGUACAUACGCCAGCUAACAAACACUGAUCAAGGCAUUGAGCUGAUAAAAGCAUACCUAGAAUCUGCAGACUUCACCGAUCGCACUGAAGAGUCGCGUCGUGGACAACAACAGCAAGAAAUGGACGGUGGACGGACUAUUGUAGAAUCAACAAAGCCUAAGAGCAAUCUGCUCGAGCGCUUAGCAGCCUAUUUUCACAUUUAUAACUUAUGGCCACAAAGUAAUGGCGUCGAUGCUGCUGACGCCCGCAAGCAAGUGCAACAGCAGUUAAGUAAAUACAUUAAACCUCAGCUACAGUAUAGGAAACGCAUGCAAGCAGCAGCCGCACAUCAUGGAGGCGCCCACCCAACAGGCGUACAUCAUCCCCACAAGCCGCUUUUAAUACGUAAUCCAUUACCGUAUCAUUAUCCCAUACCUUUCCGUCCUGUCUUCGGAAAUCGCCUGCCACAACAUAACGACGCUGCUGCAGGCAAUCCAAUGUCAACAACAGCAGUACAUUUGAACACGCCGAAAUUCUAUGUACCAUCGCAUAUACAAUUAGCACGUGCAGCCAAUAUACCGCCGCAACAAUUGCAAACGCUGCUGCAAAGCAAGCCCAAGUUGGCGGAAUUGGCUGCCAAAGUGAGCCAUUUACCACUGACAAAUGAUCGCUCAUCGCCCAUUGAUGCACAGCUAUUGGCGGCAGUUAAACGAGCUGUAGAACAUGAUGAGGACUUGCGUAAGCUGCUACAGGCGACCGCUGAAACACUUAAGUAGUGAAUUAAGACUUUGUUUAUGUGCUUAAGAAUUAACAAAACGAUUUUCAAAUAAUUAAUGGAAUGUAUAAAUAUAUGAGCGAUGUUUAUAUUUUUGAAACAUAUAAUUUGUUUUCCCAUUUUAUUAUAAUUAAGAUAAAUUUUAUACAUUAGCGAAAAUGUACUUCGUGUAAGUCUUUAAGAAAAACAAGUAAAACUUUUAAAGCACUCACACAAAGGCACACAUAGCACAUGGUGCAUAUCGCGAUCAACUGCCACAAAUAAAGGGAAAUGCAUAAGCACAUUUAUUUGCAGUCGCACAAAUUUUAAGUGGGGCCUACAUACGUUAAAUUUCAUUACUUUUUCAUUUGGGAAAUAAUAGAA